GUGGUGUUAUAGAAUUAGGGUUGGUGAGUACCUACACAUAAAUCCAUGAGGUACAUAUAGGUGUUGUUUAGCGAGAGCCUCACAUUUUAACCCCUCUACUGCUUAUAACUUAUACGAAAUUGAACGCCACAGCGCUUAUCGUCGCGCUAUAAUACAGGGAUAUAUAGAGCCUUACCACACUGAAAUCAAAUCCACCAUGAUCUAUUCUCUUUCCAUACCCUUCAAAUUGCACAGCCAGUAGGCAAUAUAGCCACCUAUUCUUCAAGGGGCUUAGGAUGACGGACGACACCAAUGGAGUCCCUUUUGAAGAGCAGUACGAGAUUCUAGAAUGGCCACCGAACUCCAAAUUCGGACACAACCCAACCGACACCGUGCCUAGCCAGCCCAAUACUCUUCUCGGUGACAGAGAAGGUGUCGCAAAUUUCCUUCAUCGAGAAUUAUCAACUAAAAGGCUCGAUGAUAUGUACUCCAUGCUGUUCCUUGUUUCUAAGAGAGACAAUGUCAGCCCCCUUCACCACCAAGUUGUGAAAGGCCGUCGUAUCAUAAUUACCGAGCGACCAGAUCUUCAUCUAGUCUGGUAUUAUGAUCGGAUUUUCAUCAAGCCUGUGCCAUCCUAUUUGUUCAGCUAUUCUUUUUAUAAAAACUUCAUAUUGGGCGUCGAGACAGAACAUGAGCUUCAUGCCGCUGCUUGCGGUUUCCUACGAACUUACGCCAGCCUUAUCAUUCACGAAACAGAUUUCAACAUCGCCAAGCAAACCGGAUUACUCCCAGCCUCGAUCGAUUGGGAGACGUGGUGUCGGUACAUGAAGCAAAUUGCCCAUAUAAAAGAUACGCAAGUGUCUCGACGCUAUCACUAUGGCGAGUUACGGCUUACGCGACUGAAUUUUUAUUCCAAGGUGUUUUUCUUUCACUGGUCUUACUUCGAAGUGCACCAUCAAUAUGUAGAAUAUUUCGCUCGGUUUAUGGGGCCCUAUCUGUUCAUAUUUGGCGCUCUUACAGUAAUCUUGGCCGCUAUGCAGACAGCCCUUACAGCGGACCCUAACGGGCGCUAUCAAUCGGCGGCGUACGGGUUCUGCACAUUUUCUAUAGCGCUCACGGUAGCUGGGUUAGCGUUCUUCCCGCUGCUGUAUCUGCUGUUUCAGGUGCAGGAAUUAUUCUUGUUUUUAUUUCGUCGCCAAAAGCCAAAAUAGUAUUUUUUCGCCCUCGUAUGUCUUCAUCCUUGUCAUCAUGCUACUCCUAAAUGAUCUUGUCGCUAUAGGAGUGGAUGUACCGAGAUAAAAUGUUUCUAGGUGGGUUUGUGGUGAGCCUACUGCAUAAAGGAGCAAUAUUUAGUGAAUUGGGUAGCUGAUUAUAGGGGUUCUGGCCGCUAUUCUAGACGCC